AAGCGAGAAGAGCCAAGCCUGUGCAGUUCCUUCUCCUUGCUGCUUGCAGCCGGUCCGAAGUCUGAACUCACUCCACACCUGUUCGCCAGACAGUCAACGCAAUUUCCCCUCCCUGCCCGUGCGCGAAUCCGAAGAUGGAACGGAGCGAAAUGCCCAGGGUGAAGCUUGGCACGCAGGGCCUCGAGGUGUCCAAGCUUGGGUUCGGGUGCAUGGGCCUCACUGGAGUCUACAACGCCCCGGUCCCUGAGGAAACCGGAAUCGCUAUUAUCAAGCACGCGUUUGAGGCCGGUAUCACCUUCUUCGACACUGCAGAUGCCUACGGGCCACACACCAACGAGAUCCUGCUUGGAAAGGCACUUAAGCAUUUUCCCCGUGAGAAGGUACAAGUUGCCACCAAAUUUGGCAUUGCUGGAUUCGAUGUCAGUGGCAUGCGUGUGAAGGGCACUCCAGAUUAUGUUCGAGCAUGUUGUGAAGCAAGUCUUCAGCGCCUUGCUGUUGAUUACAUUGAUCUCUACUACCAGCAUCGCAUUGAUCAGUCAGUGCCUAUAGAGGAAACUAUGGGGGAACUCAAAAAGUUGGUCGAAGAAGGGAAAGUGAAAUAUGUUGGGUUGUCAGAGGCUAGUGCCGAUACCAUUCGUCGCGCACAUGCAGUUCAUCCAGUUACUGCAGUGCAGUUGGAGUGGUCGCUAUGGACCAGAGAUAUAGAGGAAGAUAUAAUACCAGUCUGCAGGGAGCUUGGUAUCGGAAUAGUUCCAUACAGCCCACUUGCCCGUGGCUUCUUUGCUGGCAGGGCAGCUGUAGAGAGUGUACCGUCAGAAAGUUUGUUGUCUAAACAUCCUAGGUAUACUGGGGAGAACUUGGAGAAGAAUAAAGUUCUGUAUACACGACUUGAAAUGUUGUCCAAGAAGUAUGGGUGCAGCCCUGCUCAACUUGCUCUCUCCUGGGUUCUUCAUCAAGGAGAAGAUGUCGUCGCAAUCCCUGGAACAACAAAAGUGAAGAACCUUGAUGAUAACAUUGGUGCUGUAAAGGUAAAGCUAAGCAAAGAAAACCUCGAAGAAAUCUCAGCUGCUGUCCCUGCUGGUGUGGUGGCCGGGUCCAGACUUCUGGGAGUCCUGGAGCCUUAUUCUUGGAGGCUUGCAAAUACCCCACUUCCAAAAUAGCCACUUCACAUCUUCAAGUGCAAUUUCAUGGUGGUCCGAUCAUUUAUACUGUGUUGUAUUUAUUCAUAUCUACAUGAAAGAAACAGCAUUAUUCAUUUGCUUGUGAAAUGAGUGUACCUCUCUUGCUUGCGAAAAAAUGAUUGUACCUGAAGGAAGAGAUAUUAUCACUGGCAUUCUGUACCAUAUUGCUAUACUAGAUCAAUGAAACAAGUCGGAUAUAAGUUGAAGUCU